AUGUUAGUGGUGCGCUACUUAAUUGCAUUGGUCUUCUCCAUCUUUAUGAUGGCCACCUCGCUGAAGGUGGAGGAGCGCUAUAGGCGACAGCCAGAGUAUAAGAUAUCAACGCCAGAUCGUUUGGCGCUACAAAUGGAGCGACGUGUGGAGCAAACAAAGUUGCAACGCAGACGCUUGGGAUGCUGA